AUGCAUCUGCUUCUCAUUCGACAUGGAGAGACAGAGCAUAAUGUCGCUGGCCUUCUGGCCGGCGUGACGGACUCAAAGUUGACUAACCAUGGCGUAUUGCAAACACAACGGCUGGGCAAAUUCCUGACCACAAAUCGAAAGCUGCACUUCACGCAGAUCUUCACUUCAGACUUGCAGCGAGCAUGGAUGACCGGCGAUGAGGUUAGAAAAGCCCAGCAAGCGGAGUAUGGCACAUCCAAAGCGGUCACAGAAGUGGUCAAGCUCGAAUUGCUCCGAGAGCAGGACUUUGGGUCCCUUGAACUUGUUCCUUGGGCAUCAAAACGAGACGAUGACCCUCUGACGGUCAAGGUGCCGAGCGACACAGAUCCGGACUUUAAGCCAAAGGAGACCAAGGAGCAAAUGCGCAAGCGGGCUGAUACAUUUUUGGACGACUACUUCUCCCCAUUACUGGCCGUGGACUCGGAGGAAGAGACCGUGGCAAUCGUCUCGCAUGGACUGUUCCUCUCAGCACUCUGGCGUGCUUUGCUGAGUCGCUUCACGACCAGCAGCAUCACACUUGGACCCGAAAUUGGCCCGCAAUCACCUGGUCGGCCUCUCGAAUAUAUUGGAGCUUGGUCAAACACUGGCUACUUGGAGCUAGAGGUCAAUGGUCAGAAGCGUGAUGUAUCAAGUGACGAUGGCGCAUCCAGUGCGCCUGAGUACAAGGACCACUCGCUGAAGGUCCUUGCCAUCAAUCGCCGAGAUCACCUCAACAACCUGAAAAGGACGCGAGGUGUUGGCUCAGCCACGCACGAUCCACGGCAACAGUCGAUCGCCGGCUUCUUUAAACGACCCAAGACGUGA